GUUUAUCCAAUCUUUCGAAAUCCCUCCCCUGGGGUAUAGUACCUUCAUUCAAACCCAGUGCAUACCAACAGCCCUUUCACCCACAAGGAAUACAAAAGGCAGCAUCUACAAACUUUUCUUCAAAAAAUCUUUAAAUCUGUAAAAUGGGAAUUUUUGGUGGUAACAAUGGACCUACAGUGUCCCCAGAAGACAAGAAAAACGUUUUUAUGAAACAGAUCCGUCAGGAGCUUGCUGUUGCUCAAGCUGGUGAAUUGAUCAGCAAAAUCAAUGAAAGCUGUUUUGACAAGUGCGUUCCUCAACCAGGAAGCUCUUUCAGUGAUAACGAAAAGGGUUGCGUUUCGAAGUGUAUGGAGCGUUACAUGGACGCUUGGAAUGUUGUUUCUCGAACCUACAUUUCUCGUAUGCAAAAUGAACAAAAAAACCUCCAGUAGUUUGAAGGGCAUACGCUCAAUGAUAUUUUAGUCAAUAAAUGCUAUUAGGCCUGUAGUCUAUCGACCCAUAGUAUCUUAAAUUUAUAGUAUGUAUAAGGAAUAGAGGGGGGUAGUUAAAAUUUCUCUAAUA